CCCGGCUCUUUCUUCUCCUUUGGGUCUUCUCACCAGCACAACUGAAAUAAGCUUCACUUCAAUGGCGACUGCUACUACGCUCACUUGCAGCCGUUCCCCACCGACCGAACGCCAAUUCGCCUCCCCGACCACCCCUGCACAUUUAUGCCCUCGCCGAUUUCGAAUUUACCAGAAGCCCCUCCCAUCGCUUUCGCCGCGCGCGACGUUUAAUGGAAGCUUUAAUGCUCAAAUUGGUAGAAGUACGGAAAACCCUAGAAAUGGCCAUUACAGAACAGGUAAGCUGUACAGAAGGCUCGAUUCUUGCCUCGUAAUACCCCCGGCGAAAGGCAGAAAACCUAAAGCUUUAAUCAAAUUCCUCGGCGGUGCGUUCAUCGGAGCUGUGCCCGAAGUUACUUACCGUUACUUUCUUGAGCUGAUGGCGAGCGAGGGUUACUUGAUUAUAUCUGUUCCGUACAAUGUGACUUUUAACCACGAGCAAGUGAGUAGAGAGAUAUACAAUAGAUUCCAUGCUUGUUUGGAUUCAAUUUUGGUAAAUGGGUUGCCUGAGAAUGGGAUUUCUGGUGCUGAGAUUGCUGAUCUUCCUUUCUAUUCAGUUGGACACAGCAACGGUGCACUCGUUCAAGUACUCGUUGGGAGUUAUUUCUGUGAGAAGAUUCCUAAGGUUGAUUCUGCAAACGCAGUCAUAUCUUACAACAACAGACCAGCAUCAGAGGCUGUACCAUAUUUCGAGCAGUUAGGUCCCAUAGUCAACCAGAUGAUGCCGGUCAUUGAGACAUCCCCUAUGUAUUCAUUGGCUCAGAGUGUCUCAGAUGGAUGGAAGACACUACUAGAUAUGGCUGAAAGAGUCGUGCCAGACUAUGAUCCGGAAGCCUCCGUGUCUUUGACAAAGUUUGUUGAUCAGUUGCCCUCAGUAUUUAACCAGGUUGCACAAGGGACUUCUGAGUUCAAGCCAACACCUGCAGAGAAUCUCGACUGUUUCAAGAAGUUAUAUAACAUCCAAAAAACAUUAUUGGUAAAAUUUGAUUUCGACACAAUUGAUGAGACCGAUCUCCUUGAGGAGACACUAAAGCCUCGUAUUGAGUCUUUUGGUGGAAGACUUGAUAAGGUUGUUUUACGUGGGAACCAUAUAACACCAUGCAUACAGGAACCAAAGUGGCAAGUGGGCCCAGUGUACACCCCAGCAGAUGCUAUUGCUCAAGGACUGAAAACUAUUUCCCUAAAUGAGACGAGAGUUCUUUCUAGGACUAUCAGUAACUGGUUUGGCAGUCUCGAUUCAUGAUUCAAUGUGAGAUGGGGCUGGAUUUUGUCUUCUUCAUGUAAGUUCCUUUAUAGUAUUAAAUAGUUAUAGAUGAAAAGGAAAUGUCAUUAGCUAUAGUCAUGUUAGAUGGACUUUUUGCAUUUUAUCUGCACUCAAAUCAUCUGAUGUUCAUUCUCAUGUGGAUAUUUUGAUGUUGUAUACUUUAUCUUAAUCUUUCAUAAACUCAACAAAAGAAAUCAGUGAGUCCAUCCUGUGGUUAUAGUACGAUGAUAUGUGCUUCUGUUGAGUAGAAAGAAGUCUUAUUUUUUACUUUGAGAAAAUAAAAUUGCCAUCAAGAUGAUACUUUCAUUGCGGUUUGGGUACAAAAGAAUAUGCCGUCAUCAGAAGUGUUAUCACAGAACACUUCUUCUCUACAAUGUAGAUAGAAG